AUGACAUCUUCCGGUCGUUCUUCUUUUACUGCUGUUCAUACUAUAUCUGCUACCCAUCUUCCUGAGGAUGGUAGCCAUAGCCCAUUUGACAAAAAGCCAAUGUCUUCAAAUCAAACACUAACAUUUUACGAAUAUCGUUCAGAUGAUCUCAGUACAGGCCGCAAAACUCGCUUUGGUACAAUUACAUCAAGUUUUAUGCGGUUCAAAACAAAUAACCGAGAGUUUUUGGCCGAAUUUAUGGGUACAUUAAUUUUAGUUUUGCUGAUAUGUGGUACCUCUGCCGAAGAAGUAUUGGGUAUUGGUGUCAACAGAUCUUGGUUAACUUCCUCUCUUGGUUCAGGUCUUUCUGUCCUUAUUGCUAUUUGUGUUGCUGGACACGUUUCUGGUGGUCAUCUUAACCCUGCUGUCACUAUUACAUUCUGGGCAUUCAGUGGAUUCCCUACUAAGAAGGUUCCUAUCUAUUUUGCUGCUCAAUACUUGGGUGCAUUUUGCGGUGCUGCUAUUUUAUAUACCAUGAUUGAACCUGCUAUUAGUCAAUUUGAUCAUGGUGAGCGUCAAAUUUUAGGCGAGCUUGGCACUGCUUCUAUUUUUGGUACCUAUCCUCCUUUAUAUGUUGGUAUUGGCUCUGCAAUUGCUUCUGAAGUGAUUGGUACUGCCUUAUUAUUACUUGUCAUCAUGGUCACAGGUCAUCCCAAUAACAUGCCUUUCCGUACUGCACAAGGUGUCAUGAUUGCAGCUGGUAUUAUGACAAUCAGUUUAGGCUUGGGCUACACUUCUGGCUUCUCCAUCAAUCCUGCUCGUGACUUGGGCCCUCGUUUAUUCACUGCCAUUGGUGGUUGGGGUUUUGAAGUCUUUAGUAUUCACCACUACUAUGCUCUUGUACCCAUGUUUGCUCCUUUUUUGGGUGGCCUGCUUGGUGGUCUUGUCUUUACCAUUUUUAUUGACUAG